UGUGUUUAUACUUCCCCCUGUCUGUGGUUAAACAAGUAGAAAGCCAUAAGCUAUAGAUUUAAGUGUGUCUGUCUCACUCUCGCACGCACUCUCUCUCUCUCAUUCAUUCCUACACAUGGGCUCACACGCCUGUUCUCCUCUUUUUCUUGCUCUCAGAAUGACAAUUCUAGGUACGGCUUUUGGUAUGGUUUUCUAUUUACUUCAAGUCGUUUCUGGAGAAAGUGGCUACGCACAGAAUGGAGACUUUGAAGAUGCAGAACCGGACGACUACUCAUUCUCCUGCUACAGUCAGUUGGAAGUGAAUGGAUCCCAGCACUUGAUAAACUGUGCUUUUGAUGACCCGGAUGUCAAGAGCAACAAUCUGGAAUUUGAAAUAUGUGAGUCCCUGACAGUCAACAGUUGCCUGAAUUUUAAUAAACUGCAAGAGAGGUAUCUCCUCAAGACAGAAAAAUUCUUACUGAUUGGAGAAAGCAAAGUAUGUGUGAAGCUUAGAGGAAAGAUCGUAACUUGCAAAACAAUCAAAAUAAUCGAAAUAGUUAAACCUGAGGCUCCUUUUAACCUAAAAGUCAUCUAUCGCAAGGAAGCAAAUGACUUUGUGGUGACAUUUAAUAUAUCACAAAAGAAAUAUGUAAAAAAAUUAAUACAUGAGGUAGCCUACCACCAGGAAAAAAAUGAAAAUGAUUGGACGCACGUGAAUUUAUCCAGUACAAAGCUGACACUCCUACAGAAAAAGCUACAAGCUGAUGCAAUGUAUGAGAUUAAAGUCCGAUCCAUCCCUCUGGCCGACUAUUUUCAAGGCUUCUGGAGUGAAUGGAGUCCAAGUUUCCACUUCAAAACUCCAGAGAGCAAAGGGGAGAUGGAUCCUGUUUUACUAAUUGUCAGCAUGCUGAGUUUCUUCUGUGUGGCUCUGAUGUUCAUUUUGGCCUGUGUGUUAUGGAAAAAAAGAAUUAAGCCUAUCAUAUGGCCCAGUCUCCCUGAUCAUAAGAAGACUCUGGAACAAUUGUGCAAGAAACCAAAAAAGAAUUUGUAUGCGAGUUUCAAUCCUGAAAGUUUCCUUGACUGCCAGAUUCAUAAGGUGGAUGGCAUUCAAGCUAGAGAUGAAGUGGAAGGUUUCCUGCAAGACACAUUUUCUCCACAACUAGAAGAAUCUGAGAAGCAGAGGCCUGGAGGAAGUGUGCAGGGUACCAAGCAUGCAGUCAUCACCCCAAAACCUUUCAGAGGAGAUGCACCCCUCGGAUGCCUGGCUAGGAAUGUCAGCGCAUGUGAUGCCCCUGAGCUGUCCUUCUCCAGGUCCCCAGACUGCAGGGCAGGUGGUAAGAAUGAGCCUCCUGAGGACCAGGGCCUGCUGGUUGGCCCUGGCACUACAAAUGGCACCCUGUCCCCUCCAUUUCCUUUCCAAUCAGAAAUCCUGACGUUGAACCCAGCUACCCAGGGACAGCCCCUCCUCACUUCCUUGGGAUCAAGUCAAGAAGAAGCAUAUGUCACCAUGUCCAGCUUCUACCAAAACCAGUGAAUUGUAAGAACCCCAGGACUGGAAUCACUGUGGUCGACAGAGAUGACAGAGCUCCUACCCUCCCUCACUUCACCAAGAAGACCAAAGUAACGCAACGCUCUCCACACCCUCAGGAUUCUAAAACAUCGCUCUGCCCACCCCACUCCC